AUGGUUUGUAUACCUGUCCAAAUUCGACCAAAUUCUAUCUAUCUAUCUAUCUAUCUAUCCCAGUCUGUUCAUAUCUAUGUAUCUAUCUCAUUUAUCUUCGUCGACUUUGAGAAAAAAGUUUUGAAUAAUUCUUACGUUCUCAUUGUUCUUCUGCUGAUAUUUUUCGUGUAUUGCAUCUUGGCGCUUAUGGUCAGACGACUGGACAAGAAAGACCAGAUCUAUUGGUCGUAUCUACCGCUCUCCGACGACAGAAGCUCUGAUCCUUACCAAUAUUUGAUUUGGGUUCAAACGGGCGUGCGGUCAUCGCGGGUCAUGUAUUCGUUCCCGUGUCACGACUGGUUCUCUUUCGAUAAAGGCGACGGAUCCAUCAUUCGACAAUUAGAGCCCAAUUCAAAUCAAUGCGACAAUUUAUUCGAUAAUCUAAAAUCGCGGAUCUUCACCGAUUUGUUUGAUGACCACCUUUAUGUUUCGGUCGUGAAGCGCCCGUGUUCAAGUCCCUUCACUCGAGUUCAAAGGUUAUCAACUAUCGUCGCUGUCUUGUACCUGUCUCUUGUCAGUAGCGCCAUGUACUACAAACCCACCGACAAGAUCCCGUCAAGAGCUCUCACCUUGGGACCCUUCACUCUUACUUCCAAAGAGAUUGUUGUCGGACUAAUUAGUUCCGUCAUUAUGGUCUUACCAACAUCAAUCAUCAUCAAUUUGUUUAAAUGGCGUAAGGUUAAUAGUGAAGAGUCAGAUAGCUGUGGAAGCUCACUGACUCUCGCUGAGCGACUGAAACGUUUUCGUCUGCCUUGGUGGUCAAUGUCCUUGGCUUAUCUUCUUAUUUUUCUCAGUAUCAGUGUUUCUGCCUACUUCACGUUCAUGUAUUCCAUCGUGUGGGGAAAGGAACUAGCGUUGAGAUGGUUACUCUCCAUCACCUUCAGCAUGACAGGGUCGAUUAUAUUUAUACAACCACUCAAACCGGUCCUCGGCUUCUUCCGUAAGCUUAUUGUCUUCCGGCCGUUGCAAGCAAUGCAGUCCAUACUGACUACUGGAGUGGGGAAGGGAUGCGAAAGUGUAAUAGCACCGGAACUUUUUCACCUGACUGCAGUUCGAGCAGGAUCUUAA